AGAUGGCCCCCAAUGGGACGGUGUCAUUUGGCCUGGGUAUCUCGGUCUUCGUGUCUCUUUUGAUACUAGAUCCAAGGCCCUUCCUCCACGUGGAAAAUAUCUCCGGCGAGGACAAUGCGGCCCUUCUUUGCGGACUGCAGAGUGCCAGAGCUGUGGGUGCAGUGAGAUCAUGUUUCAGAAGGCUCAAGAUGGCCUGGGUUGAUAUUUGGUCCCAUGCAUGCAGCAUGAACUGCGGUUCGGACCACACUCUAGAUACGGUUCCCACAUCGUUUGGCAUCUGUCUCUUCUUUGUGAGUAUGUCGGCAUUUGGUGGAAGGUUUAUGAUGAGGGAAGAGGAGGUGUUUGUUAUGGCGCAUGCUCCUUUGUUAAGAUAUUGGUAAUUGCUGAAUUGCUGAAAGUUCCCCCUUGAUCGGCACCACGCCGCAAACUCUUAUUUGGUGUAACAGUCUUCUGCCGAGUCUGCCAUUGCCGACUAGGCUGGAGACCACCUACACCGUUUCUUCGACGAGAUAAUAUUAAGAGGAACACACCGGGUUGUUUUGUUCCAUCUCGGUGAGAGAUUCCGAUGAGGUGUUGAGACGACG